GUGAAUUCUGAUAUACAAUGUUGUACAGCCAGUCAAAGACAAGCAACGCCACAUAGUGCUUCAAGUUCGACAUCCAGGAGUGGAUCCGCCCGGGCGAGGCACCGCACAUAGUCUCCAGGUCCAGGCCCUGGACGGGGCAGCGGGGUGAUAAUGCAAUAUCAUGAGAUAUGUCCCCGUAUAUGAGGCAUCUCCCAGAGUCCUGUGCUCGUGGCUUUUCGUCCCCGGCGCUCUCAAAUGCGACAGGACCCUGCUGAUAUCCCGCCGCCCACUGAUCGUUCCAUACAAGCUCAACACUAUGGUGGAAUUCAUAGAGAUCAACGGUGCACGGUUGGCAUACCGUCUAGUGGGCGUCGAGAAUGCGCCUUUGAUAAUUACACUCCACGGCGGCCGAGGGUUCGGCGACCACAAAUCCGACUUUACGGCCUACUCGCCGCUGGCCGACGCCUUUCGUGUCCUGUCUUUCGACUUCCGCGGCCACGGCCAGAGCUCCCACACAAGGCCGUACACGUUCGACCAGAUCGUGCAAGACAUUGAAGGGUUGCGACGACAUUUCGCCAGACCUGAUGGUCGGGUCAUCAUAUGUGGUGGUAGCUUUGGCGGGUACCUAGCCCAGCAAUAUGCCAUCAAACAUGCAUCGCACAUUUCUCAUCUCAUCCUGCGUGGAACGGCGCCCUCGCAUCACCAUGAGGAAAGGGCAAUUAAAGUCCUUGAGCAGAGAUUGCACAAGGCUCCAAGUCUCUCAGUGGACAUGCUGCGAAACAAGAUCUUCGAUCGGUUCGAGAGUGAUCUCGAAUUCCAACUGGUCAUGCACGCGGCGGCACCAUUGUACAGCGAGGCCUUUGAUCCUGACCGAGCUCUGAGGAAGAGCCUAGAGACAAAGUUCUCCGCGGAAGCGCACAAUGAUCUGUACUCGAAAUCCGAAAAGUUUUUCGACUACCGAGACUCGUUAGACAAGAUCACCGCCAAAACGUUGGUGAUUGUGGGUGAGCAGGACUGGAUCUGUCCGCCAGCAGAAUCCGAGUUCAUAGCAUCACACAUUCCUGGGGCUCGUUUGAGGGUUUUCCAGAAUGCAAAUCACAACGUCCAUCUGGAGCAGAAUGCGGCAGUCAUAGCAGAGAUACGGCAGCAUCUGAAAAUGACGAGUUAAUUCGGGAUUGGCUUGAUGCUGAACAACUUUCGGCUUUCUUGUGUUGGGAUCAAUGCUUGGGCCAGAAGCACAACACUUAUCAGCGCACUCGGUCAGUACAGAAAUCCAAGGUCGACGUAGCUCGGUUGGAGCAUUGCUGGUCGGGUUGCGGUCGAUCGGGAAUGAAUGGCGUCCUUAGACUGCACACCGUGGCUCGAGAACUCAAUCGAUUUUGGCCCAAUAUCCCAGUCGACAUACUGAUAACAAGUGCUUUUACCCAGAAGAUCACGACAAACAGCGACAAGGUCCCUUUUCAGGCAUUGCAACCUUGUCUGAUGGUCGGAGAGUCGAAGGUCGGCCGGUUGCUGGGAGAACGGUAAGCUGCUUGUUGACGCGCCCGCGCUGUUUGAGAUGAGUGACUUGUAUUCCCGCAUUGUCCGUGCUGCAUGAUGAGCUUUGCUCCAUGCAACAGGAAAGGCUUCCAGCAGGUGGAUAGAAUCAAGAAUGUCUUCCGCUGUCGAAAGGUCGUAGCAAUAUAGAAGGACCAAGCACACAGGCAUCAGCCGGCACAGCGUUAUGGCGUUGAGCGGGAGCUGACCAUCUGCAAGCAAUACCUUGUUAUAUUGGACGUGUUUCCGGAGGAAAUCGAAAUACUCGAUCUUGGAGACGUAGCUCGCCCCUGAAUUGAAGUGGCACGGGUAGUACAGAAUCAGCAGGAGAUGGUAGUAUCUCGCAUUGAGCCACGUGAUGGAGUUGUGGAUGGGAAUGUUAUCUUCUUCCGGCAGUGAAAUCAAGCAACCGUUGCCGUACCAGUUGGCGAUUUCUAAGCGGAGUCGAGAUAUGAUGGCGGCGCGGUCUAAUGCAGCCAG